CCCACCAGUCAUCCGUUCAUUGGGAGUAACCACCAGUGCUCUCUUGUCGACUUCGUCUUCGAUCUCCCCUGCUGGACCUCUGGAGAGCGAGAGCGAGAGCGAGAAGCUGCCUGCCCCGCCACCCCCAGACCAGAGGCCAGAGGGGUUGCUUCCAGAAUCUUCGAGAAGGGCAUCGUCUCCCCUUCCUCCCUUAGCGGUUGGUACAAGUGCAGAGAUGGACGACUACGCGCGGGAGAUGAUGGAGCUCAAGACGCUCGUCACCCGAACCCUCGAGAAGAAGGGCGUCCUCGCCAAGAUCAGGGCUGAGCUGAGAGCAAGUGUGUUUGAGGCCAUAGAAGAGGAGGAUCGUGUGGUAGAGAAUGAUGAUGGUGGGAAUCCAGCUUUGCUUGGUAGCUGCAAUGACCGAGCUAAGCAAUUGCAUGCUUCACCUUCAGGUAGGUUAUUAACAGCACUUGUAUGCGAAUACUUGGAGUGGGCCCAGCUAAGUCAUACAAUGAAAGUUUACUUGCCAGAAUGUAAUCUGCCCAAGGACUUCUGGAAGAAUGAACUGAAAGAUUUUUCUAACAAAGGUGGAGCUGAAGGGAGCAGGAGUGCUGAAAGUGGUCCCAUGCUUUUAGAUGUUCUCGAAGGUUAUUUGAAAUAUGAGAAUUUGUCUCAAACAAGGAUGGGCGGUAGGAGAAUGAUCCCUUCUGAGUCUGAUCCAGUACCAAACGCUGAACACCGGAACAUGAGGAGGCCGCCAUCAUCUUCGGUUGGGAGCCUGCCUCCUAUGGGAAGGCCAAUGUCAUCAUCACAGACAUCAGACCGCAGAGGGGGGUCUUCAGGUUCCAGUACGAGGAAAGAUGAGUACAACUGGAGAUACGAUGCGGACGAGAUAUCUGAGGAGGUACUCCGGGCAUCGACAGCUCUAGAAAACGUCCAAUUAGACCGGAAAUCUCGCAAUCUGCCAACAUCUUGGAGGCAUUCAGGGGAUGGAACCGAGUAGCACAGCAAGGAGGCAUCCAGUACGAGGAAAGAUGCAGGCUUUGAGUUGGCUGACCUUGUAUUCUUUGUACCGUUUGCAGAACAAAUUUGGGUGCGAUUGCUACUAGAGAUGCUAGAUUUAUGCACGGUUUGUAACAAACAAAUAAUUGCUGUUUAAGGCCAGGGUAUUCGAUUUGAUAAGAUUGACA